CGACGACGAAGCGGCACUUGCUCAAGAAUCUCGACACACGAGUGACUGAUUUGCUUCAUCUCUUCCCGGCAUCUCUGGCGUUGAGCUAUACAGUAAGCUGGAACCAUGACGGCCGCUCAGGCUCCCGACAACACAAACCCUUUCGAUGCUUUGAUCGACGCUAACGCCGCUGAUGCUGCCUUGAUUUCCGCAGCGUACGAACAACACAGGACCAACCGCAAUAAACGAAAUGCAGACUUAAUGCUCGAUUCAACGUUUGAAGGCAUGGUUCCAGAUACUGUUCUGAGCGGGCUCUUGGCCAAUCCUUCUGUCCCCGAUGUGCGCAAUGGCCUCAGCAUUUGGGCAAGACCGCCAAAACACAUAUGCGGCCUGGUCAAGAACCUCCAGGAUCGUCUGGCCGCCCUUGCACCCAACAUCUGGAUCGUGCCCGGCUCGUAUCUCCACUUGACCGUGCUUGAGAUCGCUCACUCAAGAACGCCCGAGGAGAUCGCAUCGCUGGUCGAGGUCUUGCGUCCGCACUUUGGCCGGAUAAAAGAUUGUUUGGCCGGCCAAAGUUCAAGACUUGUCCAUCCGCAACUGAGCUUUGAUGCGGGUGCCAUUGCUCUAAGCUUUGUUCCUGAUGUUUCUGCGUCGUACACCCAUCAUCACCUGCGAAGGGACGUUUCCGAAGCGGUUCGGAAGUCGCGAACGCCCCUCAAAGCCCGCUACGUGGUGCCAACGGCGCACAUCACGGUAGCCCGCUUUGUGUCGAUUAGCGAUUUUGGUCGUGAUGGCCAGCCGACGGAUCUGGCCAGAGUGGCGAAAUGGAUCCGGACGAUCGAGGAGAUCAACCGGGAGCUGAAAUCAGAGGUCUGGUCGCAACCAAGCUCGUCCUGGGAAAUUGGCCCAGAGAGCCUGACAGCUUUCUUUGGGACAAACUGGUAUGGGCACGCAGAGGGGUCUUUUAACUAAGCACUGCAGGCUGCUGGCCUUGUAUGCAUUAUGAUCAAA